AUGCACACUUCGGUGUUUUCUGAGUGUCGUUCAUAUUUGCGUCUCGAGACCGUAAAAACUGUUAAGCGUAACUGAAAUAAACUUAGAUUGUAUUUUUUCCAUCCUUCAACAGGAGUCAUUCCAAUGGACUUGGAAACAGGGACAUACGAGCCGGGCUUUGUGGGGAUCCGGUUUUGUCAAGAGUGUAACAACAUGUUGUAUCCAAAAGAAGAUAAGGAGAAUCGGAUCUUACUCUACGCGUGCAGAAAUUGUGACUACCAGCAAGAGGCGGACAACAGCUGCAUUUAUGUCAAUAAGAUUACUCAUGAGGUUGAUGAAUUGACCCAAAUCAUUGCUGAUGUAUCUCAAGAUCCAACGUUACCAAGAACAGAAGACCACCCCUGCCCCAAAUGCGGUCACAAGGAGGCAGUGUUCUUCCAGUCACACAGCAUGAAAGCGGAGGAUGCAAUGAGACUUUACUACGUCUGCACAGCCCCUCAUUGUGGACACAGGUGGACAGAAUAGUGUGCAUGGCAACUUCGUCAGACAUCUUGUGAAUAUAGUUGUGUUUUGUUGGUUCUUUAUGAGCAUUCGUCCUUUUCACUUGGUUUUGUUAUUAAAACAAUAAUUUGUUUCAA